GAGUUUGGGGUCAAAUGUCUGAUUCCGAUGCACUAUGGGAUAUAUCAAAGAACAAAGCGUGUAAGCAAUGCUAUUAUGGAAACAGACAAGUCUUCAGGGGAAAGUGAUAACUCUUAUGAAGCUAGACAGGAAGAGGAAAUUGAGGUUUUAAAGGCAAUUUAUGAAAACGAAUUUGAAGAUAUAAGAGGUAGCGACCCAUGGAAGGUAUGGAGGCCUCCAGAAAUACGAUUGAGUCUGAUACCAACAGGUAGCAGCAGUGAAAAAGAGAUUCAUUCACAACUUCAGCUGUGGAUAAAAUGCUCUGCGAAAUACCCAGAUGAAGAGCCAGAGGUGGAACUGGAGAAUAGCAAGGGAUUGUCCAAGUUGGAUAUUCAGCAGCUGAUGACAGAACUUCAUGGCAUCAUGCAGGAGCUGAGAGGAGAGGUGAUGAUGUUACAGCUCGCACAGCAUGUGCAGGAAUACCUACACAAGCAUAACACCCCACGGUUCAAGUCCUUUUAUGAGGAGAUGCUCUCCAAUAACAGGAAGAAGCAGGAGAAGCUAGCUGUCAUUGAGCAGAAGAAGGUGGAUCAACUUAAGAAGAGGGAAGAGCAGGAGUAUCAAGUGAUAGAAGCUGAGAUAAGGAAAAGACAAGAGAUACUAAAAAUCAGAGUUGAAACUACAAAUCGACAGACACCUGAGUCAACAAUAGUGCGAGAUACAUCACCUGUACCCUGCAGCCCACUCCUAGUUAAACAGCUAUCAGUUGCAGGAAGUCCAACAAAGACUUGCAAAAUUCCUGUGCACUCUCUCAUGGCCAUAAAAAAACUACGUAAGGGGGCGCGACAUGCUAGGCAGUGUUCUGAAGACACGAUAAGGGCAGAUGAUGAUGAUGACAUUAUGCCAUCAUACAAGCCAUCAACCAUAACCUUUUCUGGCAAAGAGGAUAUAAUUAUCCAAAAAGGAAAAUACCUUGGUCGAGGUUCACUGGGCAGCACUGCGUAUGUGGGUAUGGACAAGUUCACUGGCCAGCUAGUGGUCGUGUGUGAGUGGGUGCUACAGUGGCACCUCAUGUCGAUGAAGAUGGGCGCUGACGAGCAACAGACGUUCGAGAAGGAAGCCAAUCAGUAUCGUAAACAGCUUUCUAGCAUAGAGCAGGAGUUGAGCUCUCUGUUGAAGCUCAGUCACCCUAACCUGGUGUCCUACCUGGCCAUGAAGUUCAGCAUUGAGAACACGAUGAUCACAAUUCAGGUGUUGAAGGAGUUUGUGAAUGGCCCAUCCCUCACCGCUUAUGUGGGAGAUGAAGGCAUUCCACUUCCCAUGGAGCAUCUGUACCGCUUCACCCAUGAUAUGCUGGAGGGCUUGGCAUACCUACAUAGCAAAGCCGUUGUACACAAAGACCUUAGGGAGUCGAGUGUCUUUGUGAACAGCUGUCUGCAGGCACAGAUUGCAGACUACAGUCUGGACAAGCGCAUAGCAGAACUAUGCAGUCUUGCAAAUGGAGGUGAUGAUCUUGGUAGCAUCAUGCUGGUACCAGGCAGGGGAGGCAAGAAAGCCGACAUCUUCAGACUGGGCAUGGUUGUAUUGUCAUUAGCAACAGGGCUCUUGGUAACAGAUACAUCUGAGAAGGUACCGACCAGUCUACCAGCACUAUUGCAAGACUUCUUGGAAAAAUGUCUGGCAGAGGAUGAGCGAGAUCGCUGGUCCGCCCAACAGCUUCUUGACCACAGUUUCCUGAAACCAACUUUGUCGCUAAUGCCACCCACUGGUCAACGAAACAAACGAGAGGAAAAUAAAGCGGAGGGAGAACACGAUAGUGACUUGGACACUGAGAUCCCCCUUAUAUGGUCACGUGGCUCAACUGGCCAAUCACGUCUCAAGAAUGAGUUUGAGAUCCUCAAGUUCCUUGGAAAGGGAGGCUUUGGUGAUGUGAUCAAGGUUCGUAACAAGCUGGACAGCUGUGUGUAUGCCAUCAAGCGAAUUCCUCUGAAUCCCAAAAGCAGACAGCUGAAUAAGAAGAUCACCCGAGAAGUGAAGUUACUGUCACGUCUCAACCACGACAACGUAGUUCGGUACUACAACUCAUGGAUCGAGACAGGAGAGGAGAGGCAGACAGAUGCUGAUGAAAGCACAAGUUUCACACCUUCCAGCUCACUUGCAUCUACUUCUGAUCAUGCUGGAAAGAAAUCAAUAGGGGACAGCCUGGAGAUGUUGCUCAACAAUGAUGUUGGAGAACCGAUAGAGUGGAGUGUGUCAGAUGGUUUUCCCAGUAAUCUGCAGCAGACUGCAGAUGAUGACGAUGACAAUGACGACGAUGACGAAGAAGAAUAUGCUGAUGACGUGUUCGGAACGUUCUUGCCGUUUGGUAAUGAGGAUGAGGAAGAAUCUUCAGAUGGUAUAGUUUUUGAAGGAAGUUGGAAACCAAGCAGUGGUGGAGCGCAGCCUUCCACAGAUGAUUCUGCAGUCAGUGCACGGAUUGAGAGCAACUCAGUCAAAGUCAUUCAGUUUAUGUACAUCCAGAUGGAGUACUGUGAGAAGAGCACAUUACGCAAUCUCAUCGACAUAGGUCUAGAUAAAGACACUGACUUAGUCUGGCGCCUAUUCCGAGAAAUUAUAGAAGGCCUGGCACAUUUGCACCAGCAGGGAAUGAUUCACAGAGACCUGAAGCCAGUCAAUAUCUUUCUUGACUCUAACAAUCAUGUGAAGAUUGGCGACUUUGGUCUGGCCACGAUGGAAAUGAUCUCAGGCUUAAAGGAUAUUCAAGUGAGUGCCGAGGGCUGUGGCAGUGCCGAGGAGUUGCUUGGGCAAGAGGGCCUGACGGGGAAAGUGGGAACUGCACUAUACGUGAGUCCAGAGCUAAUGGCAGGCACUGGAACUGUCAGCUACAAUCAGAAGGUGGACAUCUAUAGUCUGGGAGUGAUCUUCUUUGAGAUGUGCUACCCAAAACCUAGCACUACCAUGGAGCGAGUAAAGAUUAUUGGACAGCUGCGGGAGCCACAGAUAGUGCUGCCCCCUGACUUUGACGGAGAGUCUUCUGAGGCUGUGGUCAUUCAGUGGCUGUUAAACCAUGAUCCUGCUCAUCGCCCGACCUCACAGGAGCUGCUGCAGUCACACCACCUCCCUCCCCCUCAGCUAGAGGAAGCCCAACUCAGUGAGGUGUUGAGGCACACGAUUUCGAACAACACAAGCAGUGGGUACCACAGAAUGAUGAAUACGCUGUUUUCCCAGCCAGUCACCCCCGCUGCAGACUUCACAUAUGACAUGGACAUUCACAAGGGCAGCUUCACGAAUGAGCCGGUGCUGCUGCAGCAGCAUGUGCUGGGCAUCCUCGUGCGCGUGUUUCGCAGGCACGGAGCGAUCAGACUCGCGACACCGCUGCUUGUGCCGCGCUGCAGACCCUGGGAGCAGAACGACCAGUGUGUGAGGCUGCUCGAUCACAGUGGACUCAUUGUAGACCUGCCACUUGACCUCAGGGUGCCCUUUGCAAGAUACAUCGCCCGCAAUAGUGUGAGCAGCCUGAAACGCUAUUGUGUCGAGAAAGUAUACCGAGAUAGAAAGAUAUUCGGCUGUCAUCCAAGGGAAUUGACAGAAUGCGUGUUUGACAUUGUCACAAGCUCGGCUGCAUCGCUGGUGGCAGAUGCUGAAGUUCUAUCUGUCGUGUGUGAGAUCGUGGAUCAGUUUCCUGUGCUCCAGACUAGGAGCUAUCACAUAAAGCUAAACCAUGCGUUACUGUUGAAGGCUAUAUUAAUGCAUUGUGAUAUACCUGAAGAGCUGCACAAUGAUGUAUUCACAAUCCUCAACGAGAGCAAGGUGGAAAAGUUAUCUUGUUUCCAAGUACAGACGAAGCUGUGUAACCUGUCACUAUCCGAUAAGUCUGUGACAAUGCUCUACAACUUCAUAGACGUUGAAGGACCACUGAACAAGAUCGUCAGUAUGAUGCGAACGAUAACGAAGCGAUCAGGAGAGGCAGGAGUGUUGGCAAAACAGGGUCUACAUGAGCUAGAAAUCAUUCAGAAUCAUCUCACACAUUUCGGUGCUAAAAUACAGGUUUUCGUCAACCUAGGACUAGUAUUAAGUGUUCAGUAUUAUUCGGGAAUGUUCUUCCAAUUCGCACGUGAAAUGAAGAAGAGAAGGCGAAAAGGAGGCUUAGACAUUCUGGCAGUCGGUGGUAGAUAUGACAAACUGGUGGCAGAGUACAGACGGCCCAGUUUGGUGGCACCCCUUCAGCAUGUGGUCGGUGUUAGCAUCGCGUUUGAGAAGCUGACAGCUGCAGCCCAUGAGCAUCAAGAGGUGAGAGCUCAUUAAACGGCUCCUCAUAUA